AAAAAAAAAAGAAAAGAAUCUUCUACUUCAGAAAAAAAAAUCCUACUUACACGUACUGACGCCCGUAACUCUUUUUUUAUUAUUUAAUUAAUAAACAAUUUUAUUGAUUCUUAUUCCUCAGAGAAUAUAUAUAUAUUUGUAUUUAAAACCAAAACCUUCAAAAAAAUAGAACUUUUUGUUAUUUUUGUCUUCUUCCUCGAUUCCAUGCAUGAGUUCCCGAAAAGAAACCAGUAAAGAAUAUGUACAUGUUAAGUUCAAAAAAAAAAGAAUAUGUACAUGCAUGCAUUUUCCUUCUUUAUUUCCUCUCUUUUUGCCCUUUUGGAUCCUUUUUUAUUGCGUUCAUAUGUUUUUAAUUCUUCUGUAGAGCUUUGCACUAAUCUUUGUUCAGAUUCACACGUACGCAUUGCAUUGUCUGCUAUAAGCAAAUCAAAAUUCAAAAGGUUUUUUUUUCACGCGUUUCAACUGUUUUAACAAGUACACUAAUAUAAGUGCAUGAUUUAUGUGUCUCGAAUAUUACGAUAGCUAGAAAACUAAAUAAAUUUCCAAAGCAUAUGCAAAACUUCAGCUUUACGUUUUUGUUUUUGUGUUUUUUUUUUGUCUGUAUAAUGUUCACACAGACAAAAAUCCUUCUAUAAAUACCUUCAGAAUUGCGCUCACUACAAAACCCUAACUAAUAUCUUUCUUCCAAUUUCCUUCUUCUUCUUUGUUUCUAAAAACACUAUAAUUUAAGUGAAAUCUGAAAAGAUGGCGAAUCAGAGGAAUUAUGGGAAGAGGCCUUCUCGAGCCGGUGAAUCAGAAAAGAAGGAAACUGAAGAUGAGGAGAACAUAUUUCCUUUCUUCUCGGACCGUUCCCAAUACGACACACGUGCCAUGGUCUCAGCCUUGACUCAAGUCAUUGGAAACCAAAGCAGUACUCAUGAUGAUAAUCAACAUCACUCUGAUGAGUAUAAUCAACAAGAUUCUACCCAACCUAUUUCUCCUAAACAAGACCAAGGAGACUUGAGGAAGAGACAUUAUAGAGGGGUAAGGCAACGACCAUGGGGAAAAUGGGCUGCCGAAAUCAGGGAUCCACAAAAGGGAGCACGCGUGUGGCUUGGGACAUUUGAGACAGCUGAAGCUGCGGCCAUAGCUUAUGAUGAAGCAGCUCUUAAGUUCAAAGGAAGCAAAGCCAAACUUAACUUCCCUGAGAGAGCUCAACUAGUAAGUAACAGUAAUAGUACUAUUACUGGUCUACCAAACUAUUUCUCUUCUAACAAUCAAGUUUACUACUCCAAUCCACAACCCACACCAUAUGAUAACCAGUACUACUAUAACCAAUAUCUUCAGCAAGGGGGAUAUAGUAACGAUGCAUUAAGUUAUGAUAUGGCCGGUGGGGAAACCGGAGGCUUAAUGUAUAAUCAUCAGACAUUAUCUACUACAACUUCUUCAUCUUCUGGUGGAUCUUCAAGGCCACAAGAAGAUUACACCAGAUAUUUGCAUUUUGGAGAUUCUUCUCCUUAUUCGGGUUUUUGAGAUCCUCAUAUAAAUAAUUAAGGGCUUUCGGGUGAUCGACUUGUUAUGAGGAGAUCAUAUGUUCCUUGAAUGUUUUGUAUCUUUUUUUCACUAUGCUUUGCGUGUGUUGUUUUUGAUCAUUUUGUUUAUUUCUUCUUUCAAGAAUUUUCAGGUUCUUUGUUACCAACCCUUGGACUUGGGUUUACUUUCAUAGCUAUAUACAAAAAUGUUACCCUUAAAUGUUAUGUAGCCUCAAAUAAGCACACACUUGCAUACAUAUUAUUCAGUGGUUUGAUUCUCAGUAGAUGAUGGUAGCGGAUAUAUCAUUCGGAGUGUCUAACGUAGAUGAUCAAAACAAAUAUAAAAUCACGUUUAUUAUCCAAUAACACCGUCCACCGCAGUUAGAAUGUAUUUCCAAUAUAAGUCAAGGUCCCAAACGUCUUGAUUUUUCUGUCAUAGCCAGUAUAAUGAGACUUUGACAAGCCAAUUUUUUUUUUUAAGGUACUGGUACAUACAAGUAACAACAAUGAAAAUUUGACCAAGACAGACUCCCCAAAUGUUUGUUGUAAGUCAUUGAUUUUGUCAAUCCAAAGUGGUUGACUCCCUUUGACCCAUGUUUUCUUAUCCCUCUUAAUAAUUUUAAUUUCUCUCGUCUUUUAUUUUAUUAAUUUUUUUACACAUUUUUUUUAUCAAAUUUUUUUCAUUAAUAAACUUUAUUAUGGUAUACAGUACAAUGUCACAAUGAUAUAGGCAACUUAUAAUGUAAAUUCAUAAAUGUAUUACACAUAUAAUCAAAAGCAGGUCGUUACCAUUUCGAGUUAGAUUCAAUGUACAUGUGUUUCAGAUGAAACAAUAUGAUUUCGUUUUGUAAUUUAGGGCCUCGUCUUUCAUAUAUCAAUUGAAAUGAUGGUUAUGAUCAUGGAUUUCGUUAUUUUAAAAAACCUUCCGACCAACGCGUUGUCUCCUCUUUCUUUUGUCUCUUUCACAAUUUGGAACCUUUCCGUUGACUUAUUCGUGUUUCUUAUUGGUAUAUGAAUCUCAGCCGCCAACAAAAAUUUGUACUUUCGACACACUCGCGGAACUUCAAAGGCAUUAUAUUCUCUUAAGUAUUUUAAAAUUGACACGCGGGAUGUGGCGCUGAGUUACACCUUCGUCUACGCUAAACCCAUACUACACAAAACCGUUUUUCUUCUGUUCCAAUCGUAAAAUCGUUCUUAGAAUUGUAGAACCGGUCUUAGGUAUAACCAAAUGAAAUAUUUGUUUUAGGUUCUUAAUAUUUUUUGACUUAAUAUAUAUAAAUAAAACUUCAAAUUGUUUUAAAAAGAUUUUAAUAAAAUUAUUAUUAAUUUUCAGAAAGACUUCACAAUUUCAGUACCGGUUUUGUUUUAGAUAUCCCUAUAAAAUAGUAUAUAGAAAAAUCGUAGUUAAAAAAAAAAACUAUUGAUCACUCUCUAGUAGAUGACUAUUUGCCUAAUAAAAUAGAUUAUCCCUAGCCUGAUUAUUUGUCAGGAUUUUUGUUGAUUAAUUCUUUGCUUAAAUUUUCUUAGCAAUCUUUAAAAACAUAUUUCAUUUUGGCAUGUAAUACAAAGGCAUGGCAAGUGAUCGAUCAAACAUGUCAUAGUAUUGCUAAUAAUUAUACUCAAACUCUUUGAUGUGAAGUUCAGAUAUGAAAUAUUUACUCUGAGAGACACAAGUUGAGUUUACAAUAUCACUAAGAAACACAUUAUAUAUUUAGCACACUUUCUUAUGCUAAGUUUACUAAAAUAACCCUCAACGAAGUGACAUCUUGAGUUAACUAGAAAUCUCAUCCAACUAACCAAACUCGUUACCAACCCAACUAACCAAAACCGAUAUCUUAUUUUUAUCUUUUUACAAAAUCUUAAAAUUUUAACCAUUUACAAAACAGAUGACCUUAUUUCUUCCCCUUACUUCACAAAUCUAUCACCGGUGAGAUGAACCCUAAUUUAUUUCUCUCCCGAUUUCUUCUAGAUCCAGAAGGCAAAACCUGAAAUUGGACCCAAAUCUGAAUUUAGGUUUCGCGUUAUCAUCGUAUCAAAUUCUGGAAACGAACCGUAAUCUUCUCGAUCCAAAAUUCUCCCUAACCCCU